AUCCCACCACCAUUUUUACGUGCUAUUCAAUUCUUCGCUCGAGAUUUGCAAAUUUUAAGCAUUCAUUUUCUCUAAUUUCCCAGCUAAGAACUAACUUAGCAACCUUAAAUAGCUAAAUCCCAACCUUAAACCGACAUCUUCAGAUUAAUUAUCCCCAAAAGGGAAUAUUUACUGUAGUUAUUUCUCUUCCAUAUCCUAUGGCGGAUUGAUUAUCCUGCUCAGAAGUAGAGUCCUUUAGAAAGAGAGAGCUAAAAAAGAGUGUGGCUGAAGUUUUCCGGUGUAGUGAGCGGUUAAAGUGCGCCUUUUUCUAUGAACCCACGCUUUCUUGCUUAAGAAAUCUGAGAGGAGAUGAUGUUUACAGAGGGACUGGACAGCAAUGCCCUCAAAUGGGUUCAAGAGGGGUGCGGUAAUCGCAAGAGCGAAGUUCAAUACACUCCAAUAUCAAGCCAAAGAGGCAGAUUUGGUAGUCUGAGUAGUCUCGGCAGAAAUGCCGGACUUCCUCCUCCGAAGCUGGGGAUGAUUCCGGCGGUUUCUCGAGUCCUUAUUCAUGGGGAUUCCGAUGACAACACCACUGCCUCCGACGAUGACAUGUCCACGGAGUCCGAGGGAAGGUAUUCUCCGGAGCCGUCUUCACAGGAAGAGAGAGUGCAGGGGAGUAGUACCAGUGUUCAGAGAAAUUGCGGUAGUAAUUACCCGCGGUCGCGUCCACUGCAGUAUGGCGGCGACAGUGAGAGUGGCUUCUCGGACGAUGUCAGUUCGUCAAGGGAGACAUUUGGAAGAGGGAUUGGCCAUGUAGCCGUUAGAGGAGGAGCUUACCCCGAGGAGGAGGAGUCUGGUUCUAUAGCUAGUUCUGAAUUCUCAUCCAGUGUUCCUUCCAAAUCGAAUAGAGGAAGUGAAAUUCUAAAGAAUGAAAUUGGUAUAGGAAGUUUGAAUAAGAAAGGCUCAUUUGAUGAAGAAGACAUUCCCAGUGCACCUCCUAUUGCUGGGGAAAUCAAAGAAGAUCAUGAAAAGGUGCUUCCUCCAGCCUCCAAAGCCUCUUCAGUUGAUGCCAGUGGUGGUGUCUCAGUCAAGGAUGAUAGUAAUAUCAAGAAUGCAUCUGAAUCAUCUAUCAGAAGUAAGGUUGCUGUGGAAAAUGGAAGACCGUCUGCUAGAAUUCCAACAUAUCAUGUUAGUGCACUUGGACCGUGGCAUCGGAUUAUUGCAUAUGAUGCUUGUGUGCGGCUAUGCCUUCAUGCUUGGGCGAGAGGGUGUAUGGAAGCUCCAAUGUUUCUAGAGAACGAGUGUGCUUUGCUUCGGGACGCUUUUAGUUUGCAGCAAGUCCUGCUCCAAUCAGAGGAGGAACUGAUGACAAAACGGUCUUUGGAGCGGACAGAGACUGUAACAGAUGGGGCCGCUCCUCCAAAAGCCAAGCAAUUGACUGGAAGGAUGAAGGUCCAAGUUAAGAAAGUGAAAAUGGUUAUGGACCCACCAACCGGAUGCAGUUUUUCAUCCUUGAAAGCUCCACAAAUAAAGAUGGAGUGUCUUAGGAACCACCUUUUGAACCUGCGAUCAUCAAUCACUUCUGGAUGGAAAGCACUUCGCAAGGUCCGUUUUGCUCCUCAUGCUCCUAGAAAUGGUUCCUUCUCACGCCAAAGCUUGGCAUACAUGCAUGCAAGUACUCAGUACAUAAAACAAGUUUCUGGACUCUUGAAAAUUGGUGUGACAUCUUUGCGUAGCAGUCCAUCAUCUUAUGAAACUGUGCAAGAGUCUUACUGUUGCUCGCUGAGACUAAAAAGUUCAAGAGAAGAGGAUGCAAUAAAAAUGCAACCUGGAUCUAGUGAAACCCACAUAUUCUUUCCAGAUAGCCUAGCAGAUGAUCUAAUAGUUGAAGUUUACAACUCCAAAGGCCAGCAUUAUGGCCGUGUUCUUGCUCAACUGGCUUCAAUUGCUGAGGAAACAGGUGAUAAAUUGCGAUGGUGGUCCCUAUACCAUGAACCAGAACAUGAGGUAGUUGGAAAAGUGCAAUUGUAUAUAAACUAUUCAGCAAUUAUAGAUGAACACAGCAAUCUUAAGUGUGGGUCAGUUGCAGAAACUGUGGCAUAUGACUUGGUACUAGAAGUUGCAAUGAAGAUUCUGCAUUUUCAACAAAGAAAUUUACUGCUGCAUGGCCCAUGGAAGUGGUUGCUCUCUGAGUUCACGUCAUAUUAUGGGAUUUCUGAUACAUACACCAGGCUAAGGUACCUCUCAUAUGUUAUGGAUGUAGCAACCCCAACAGCUGAUUGUCUAACAUUGGUGUAUGAACUUUUGUUGCCUGUAAUGAUGAAAGGCAAUUCUAAGUGCACGCUAAGCCAUCAAGAGAAUCGCAUCUUAGGAGAAAUUGAGGAUCAAAUAGAACAGGUAUUUGCAUUAGUUUUUGAAAAUUACAAGCUGCUGGACGAGUCAGCACCAUCUGGAUUAAUGGAAAUUUUCGCACCUGCUACGGGAGUGGUCCCACCAGCGUUGGAGCCUGCUGUUAAACUGUAUUCACUUCUACAUGACAUAUUAUCCCCAGAGGUCCAAAAUAAACUGUACAGCCACUUCCAGGCCGCUGCUAAGAAAAGAUCAAGAAGGCACUUAACAGAGACAGAUGAAUAUGUUAGUGGAAACAUUGAAGGAGUGUCUAUGGAUGUUGUGGCUGUUUCUACAGCUUAUCAGAGAAUGAAAUCUCUCUGUACAAACAUUAGAAAUGAAAUUUUUACAGAUAUACAGAUCCACAAUCAAAAUAUACUUCCCAGUUUUAUAGAUCUUCCAAACCUUUCUUCUGCCAUAUAUAGUGCUGAGCUAUGCAGUAGGUUGCGUUCAUUCCUCAUUGCAUGCCCUCCAACUGGCCCUUCACCUCACGUAACAGAACUUGUAAUUGCAACAUCAGAUUUUCAGAGGGACCUCGCCAGCUGGAAUGUCAAGCCUGUCAAAGGAGGAGUUGAUGCAAAGGAGUUGUUCCAUUUGUAUAUUAUGCUCUGGAUUCAGGAUAGACGGCUUGCUUUGCUUGAAUCAUGCAAGCUAGACAAGGUAAAAUGGUCAGGAGUUCGCACGCAGCAUUCAACAACACCAUUUGUUGAUGAAAUGUAUGAGAGACUCAAAGAGACCUUGAGUGAUUAUGAAGUCAUCAUUUCUCGUUGGCCAGAGUAUACAUCUCUCUUGGAGAGUGCUGUUGCUGAUGUUGAGAAGGCAAUUGUGGAGGCUCUUGAGAAGCAGUAUGCAGAUGUGUUGCUUCCUCUUAAGGACAAUAUGGGACCCAAGAAGUUUGGACUCAAUAAUAUUGUUCAAAAACUUGCUAAAAGAUCAGUGUGUCAUUAUGAGGUUCCAGAUAAUCUUGGGAUUCUAUUGAAUUCAAUGAAACACAUGCUUGACAGACUUCGCCCCAAAAUAGAGCAGCAGUUCAAGUCUUGGGGGGCAUAUAUUCCUGAGGGUGCCCCUGGAGAACGCCUAAGUGAAGUUACAGUUAUGCUCAGAUCAAAAUUCAAGAACUGUUUACAAGCAGUUGUUGAAAAACUUGCUGAAAACAUGAAGGCGCAGAGCAGCACAAAACUGAAGAAGAUCUUGCACGACUCGAAAGAUGCUCUUACUGAGUCAGAAGUGAGAAGCAAAAUGCAACCACUGAAGGAGCAGCUGAUGAAUACCAUAAACCAUCUGUACAGCAUAUUGGCGCCCACAGUUUUUGUAACACUUUGCCGCGGAUAUUGGGAUAGGAUGGGACAGGAAGUUCUUGGUUUCCUGGAGAGCCGAAAGGAGAACCAGACGUGGUAUAAGAACUCUCGCAUCGCCAUCUCCGUUCUGGAUGAUACAUUUGCAUCAGAGAUGCAGCAGCAUUUAGGGAAUUCAGUGCAAGAGAAGGACUUGGAGCCGCCAAGGUCCAUUCUUGAGGUUAGAUCAAUGCUUUGCAGAGAUGGGUUUGCUACCAACAAGCUGGGCCGUAACUACUUCUAUUGAGAUUCCAUUUAUUUUUUCUUUCAUUUUUUAUAUUGUAUAUAGUUUUACAUAGUAAUACGAAGGGAAGGGGGAUUUUUGUGGUGCAAAUGAUGAUUUCAGCUUCAUACACAAAUUGCUAGUUUCUGUCAAAGAAGCUAGAUAAAUAUGGACAUUGUAACACGGUUACACCAAUUUUAUAAAGCAAUUUUGCAUUUUGCUUUCAA